AGUGCUGUGUGACCUUUUUAUAAAAUUUGGUUUCUCUGAUCGAAUCCGUGGCAAACUUGAAAAAGAUGACUAAAGAUUCUAAAGAAAGGAGAGAAGAAGACAAAUUAAAAGAAAGGAAGAAGAUAAAAGAUGCUCCUCUGACAAAAGUUGUAAUCAGACGUUUGCCACCGACUCUUACUGAGGAAAACUUUGUUGAGCAGAUUUCUCCGAUGCCCCAGAAUGAUUACUUCUGCUUCGUCAAAGCUGAAAGAUGUUUAGCUCCAUUUGCAUUCAGCAGAGCCUACCUGAAUUUCACCAGCCAAGAAGACAUUAUAUCAUUCAGUGAGAAGUGGGAUGGACAUGUGUUUCUGGACACAAAUGGAAGAGAAUAUGUUGCUGUUGUGGAGUUUGCACCAUACACCAAGGUACCAAAGAAACCAAGCAGUAGGAAGGUUGAUCCAAGGUCCGGAACAAUUGAAGAUGAUGAUGAUUAUAAAAAGUUUCUAGAGUCAUUAGAAGUGACUGUUGAACCACUUCCAAGUGCUGAAACGUUCCUUGAAGAAAUUGAACAGAAAAAUAAUGAUAAGAAAGCGAUUGAGAUGACUACUCCAUUACUGGAUUAUCUGAAAAAUAAACGAGCGGAAAGAAUUAAAGCAAGAGAAGAUGCUAAAGAAGAAAGAAAACGAAAGGAACAAGAACGGCAAAAACGAAGAGAUGAGGAAAGGAGAAAGAAGAGAGAAGAGGAAAGGAAAAAGAAAAUUAAAGAGAGAGAAGAAAGGGAAAAGAGAAAAGAAAAAGAAACUGAACAAAAAGAGGAUACAUCAGUGAAGAUCCUUAAGAAUGAUGUAUCCAAAGAGGAAGUACGUUCAAAAUCCAAGUCAGAUGUCAAGGAUCGUACAAGGAAGGAAGAUUCAAGGACGAGUUCACCUAAGGUAGAAAGCAAAGAAGAUACCAUAAAGGAAAAGGAUUUUGACAAACAGAAAAGUUCGAGAAUUUCAGAAAAGGAGAGAGAUAAAGAACGAUUCAGAGGAAGAGAUGGAGGGAAAGAUAAAGGGAGGUAUGGAGGAGGAAGAACACCAGAACCAAUAAAAGACAGGUAUAAGGACAAGGAAAAAGAAAGAGAAAAACCUGACAGUAGAUCCAAUUCUAGUAGAGCUAGAGAUACUGCUUUUUCAAAGGACUCCAAAAGAAAAUUUGAUGAUAGAAGAGAUAGAAAAUCACUAUCAUCAACACCAAGUAAAGAGAAAUUGAAUAAUGGAUUUGGAAGUAAAGAAAAGAAGGAUGAAGUUAAACAGAAAUUGAAUGACAGUUCUGGGAAUAAAGACAAGAAAGAAGAAGUUAAAAAGAAUUUGAAUGAUGGUAUUGGAAGUAAAGAAAAGAAAGAUGAAAUUAAGAAGGCUAGCAGAUCGCCUGACAUAGCAUCAACACAGAAGUUAUCUGAUAAAGAAAAAGUUGAGAGUACACCAACUAAAAAAUCAGCAGAUGAAAGAGGAAAAGGACCAAGGAUCAGAAAUAAGGAUAGACCAGCAAUGCAAAUUUAUCGUCCAGGUCAGAGAUCCAUUAUAAAAUCAACAUCUCCAUCCACAGAUACUGACACUAGCAGUUCUAAAUCAGCGUCACCCGAAAAAAGUAAACGCAAAACCGAAAGCCCAACAAAUGAGAAAGCAAAGGACCCUAAACCCCAACGAGGGCAACAAGAUGACAGACCUCGGACUGGAGAAACAAAGGCAAAGGCAGAGAAAAGCUUGGACAAAGGAAAAGAUGAUAGAAGUGAAAGGAACAAAAACUUCGAGAAAGGAAGCAAUAGUGGGAGAUACGGUGGACGGCGUGACUAUAAGAGAGAGGAUGAUAAGAAGAGACACUGGGAUGAUAGACCCAGAGACUCCUAUAGGGGAGGGCGUUGGAGGGAUGAUCGUGGAAGAGAUGAUCGGGGGAGGGAUGACCGUAGGAGGGACGAUGGGGGUAAGGAUGAUAAGAAGAAAGAUCCAGUAAAAGACACUAAUAAAGCAAAGGCAACAGACACAAAAGAAUCAUAACUCAUCUUAUUUAAAGGUGAUAUCCUGCGAUUCUGUGGAAUACUGUGAGAUAGAAACUAAUUUCUCUAAGAAUUUAGUUUGUUUUGUUUUUUAAUCUAGCGCCCUCUGUGGUAGAUAAUUGACUAUCUAAUUUCAAUGACAUUUGAUUUCCUGACAUUGUUCUAAGACACAUUACUUUUAAGAUCUGGUGUAGUAGUCUCAUUUCUUUAUCUAAAAACGACCCUUCAAUAGUUAAACCAAUGACCUACUUCUUGAUAAUAGGUCCAUGGUUAAACAUUGACAACAAAUUGAAAACCUUCAAGACUACAUAAAAAAUCUCAUUUAAUUUUUGAUUUUUAUCUCUACUGGUUUUUAUGGUCUCACUCUUUUAUCUAAAAUGGCCAUUUUUAUAUUCAAAUAUUUACAACAAAUUGAUAAAAAGAUUCAUAUUUAAUUUGUGAUUAAAUUUUACUCUGAGUAAUGUUCCGAUGCAUACACAUGUUUCCUGCUAAUGAAGGAAGUUAAAUUUAAUUUAAAAUUGAUAUUAAUUAUCAUUUGUCAUUGAUUAUGUUAUAGGAUGACAAUUUUAUGUGAUGUUAUGGAAGCAACGUCUUGCCCUUUACAUUAUCAUUACGUCAUUAUUAUGUACUAGAUCUACUUCGUUAUUUUGAGGUAUCAUAUAAAUACAUGUGAAGAAAAAACA